CUGUACCUGCCUCGCGCUCACACACACACACCGCCUCUCGUCUCGUGCGUGGAACGCAGACGGAGCCUAACGGCUGUUUUCAAAAAAGAAAAGACGUUUUUAACGGGUUGUUUCAACGUUUUUUAAACGUUUUUUUUACGGUUUAAACGUUUUUGUGAGCGCCGAGCGAUAAAAACCAAGAGGAUAAUUAAAGUUAUCGUGUGUUUGUAUGAGCUGACCGACGUUAAAGGGAGUCACGAGAGAGAAGACGGUUGACAAUGAGCGUGACUCUUCUUCGACCUCGCAUGGAUCAGCGCUCGUCAGAGGAUAUUACGCCGCCUCUGUGGGACCCUAAAGGAUCUAUGUAACCUCUUCAUCGUUCGAGCUUUCGUUCAUUGAACCUGACGUGGAGGACGUUCUCCCCGCCGCACAGACGCAAACAACUCCUGACAAGGAAGAUACAAACACCGCUGUUGUGUGCGUAUCAUGUAGACGAGCAGACAGACAGCCAGUGACAAGCUGGUAGACGGCGAGAUCUUUCAGGUCACGAGACGAGUCGCAGGUAAAAGAAAGGGGGACGUCAGGAGAAGGACAUCAUGGUCGUCUCCGGUGACGAAAUCACGGACGUGGAGCUGGACGAUUUCAGUCCGAAGAAAGCCCAACAAUCAGGACACGGUGAAGCGCAGGUUUCCCAGGUGGAGGUGGGUGUCGCGAAAACAUCGCAGGCGCCAGAACCUCUCACAAUCGAUUCUUUGAUGAAGGGAACAGGUGUGACCCAGCAGGCGAUGGAUCGCGACCCCCCGGUCGACUCCGACUACAGCAGCACUAAAUCCAGCACGGCCGAGGAGUCGCCUGAGCUCGACAGAAGCGGCUUUGAAAGGACGAACUCUAUCCCUCCGGUCGACUUCUCUGAACCCAGUUUAGAGGCUUCUAGUUCGAGCAGAAACGGUCCAGACGACGACCGAGGCGUCCACGAAACCUCUUCUGAACCGAAAGAGGAGAACUCGUUCUGCAGCAGCUUGGACACUUUUUAUGACGGAUCACAAACGAGGGACAGCAUCGAUGUCAGGUGGGACGACGGGAACAGAGGCGAGGACGGGCGAAGCAACCGCUCGAGGCGGACGGUGAAAGAGGGGGUGUGCUGCUGCUGCCAGGCGUUCCACCGGGCGUGUCUGCAGUGCGUCGAGGAGACGCCGGCCAUGCUGUCCGGCCUGGUGCUGUCUCUGGCGUUCUGCGUGGCCCUCAUCGUCCUCAUUCCCACCACAGAAAGGAAUCUGUACGUCCACGUGGGCGCCCUGUCCGUGCUGUGUGUGGUCCUCUGCCUGAGCGCCGUCCUGCUCGUCUGCCUCCCCUGGCUGGCCACGGUGAGGCGCUGUGGAGGAGCCCUGGCCCUCUUCGUGUGGGGGACGCUCUACGUCACCGCCAUAGUCUUCAUCUUCACCGGGGGACCCGUCACCACGUGGGAACAGGUGGCGUUUUUCCUCUUCCUGUCUCUGAGCGUCUACACGGUGCUGCCUCUCUCCAUGGCCUGGGCGCUCAUGGUCGGGAUAGGGACCAGCGUCUCGCACAUCAUCAUCAUCAGCGUCUACGUUCCCGUCACAAGCCCAGAGACGCCAGACCUGGUUGUGCAGCUGGUGGCGAAUGCUCUGAUGUUCGUGUGCGUGAACUGCGUUGGGAUUUUCCACCUGUGGAAGACGGAGCAUGACCUCCGGAAAUCCAAUAAGAGGAGGGAAGAGUUCAGCAUCAUACGCUCCCGGAAGGAAAUCAAGAAAUACCAGCAGGAGCAGCUCCUCCUGUCGGUGUUGCCGCGGUACAUCGCCAUGGAGCUGAAAACGGAGGUGAUAAAGAGGCUGUCCAAACCCAAGAGCGACCAGGAGAAGCAGGAGUCCAAAACCCACAACUUCCACAGCCUCUACAUACGGCAGCACAAAGACGUCAGCAUCCUGUACGCGGACAUCGUGGGCUUCACGAAGCUGGCGAGUUCGUGUUCCCCUGAAGAGUUGGUCGCCGUGCUCAACAAGCUCUUCGGCAGAUUCGACGACAUCGCCAAGAAGAACGGCUGUCUCCGCAUUAAGAUCUUGGGCGACUGUUACUACUGUGUGUCCGGCCUACCGGACCCCAUCCCCACCCACGCCAAGAACUGUGUUCAGAUGGGGCUGGACAUGUGCACCGCCAUCAGUAAACUGCGAGAGGCGACGGGGGUUGAGAUCAGCAUGCGGGUCGGCGUCCACACCGGCAACGUGCUCUCCGGCGUGAUCGGCUUGCAGAAGUGGCAGUACGACGUGUGGUCACAUGACGUUACGUUAGCCAACCACAUGGAGUCUGGGGGUCUUCCUGGGCGAGUCCACAUCACUGAGGACACACUGAAACACUUGAAUGGAGAGUACCAAGUGGAGGAAGGAGACGGGGGGAGUCGGGAUCCGCUUCUUACAGGUAGAAAAACCUACCUGGUGAUUGACCCUCACACGCAGAGAAACAUUUCCAGGAGACCUAAGCAGUCAAACACUCUGGCAUUAGGCGAGUCGAGGCAGCGGGCGUCGGUCCGGAUGUCGCAGUACCUGCAGUCCUGGCGGACCAUCCACCCGUUCGCGGACCUCAGCAACCCCGACGCCGCGCCCUCCAAGAAGCCGAUCAUCCACACCAGUUCUGCCAUGAGCCAGUCGCAGCUGUCUGCGGAUAGACCACCUUGCCAGAACAACCCCAACUGUUUGGUUGUGGAUAACGGAGUUCGUGGAUCACUGGACACGAUCGACACUGCGGGGAGGAGAUUAAAGAAGCUCAACUGUCUGACUCUGAUGUUCAACGACCUGAGCCUGGAGAGACAGUUCCGCUUUUCAGAGGUGAAAGGUUUACACCAGUCCAUGACCUGCUUAGCUCUGAUCUUCGUCACGAUGUUCGCCGUCCAGAUGCUCGUCUCUACGAAUAACUUUGAGAUGGCUGUGUCGUACGGCGCCACCUUCCCUGUGAUGGUGCUGCUUCUGUCCAUCGCCUUCACCGGAUACUUGGAGAAAUGGCGUCCCAAGAUGCCCGUGGGCUUUCAGUGGAUCUCGGGCCUGUCCCGCGGCGUCUCCACCCGGGCGGCGCUGCGUCUCUUCGUGGUCACGCUGUGCGUGCUCAUCACGCUGCUCAUGGGCGUCCUCAACCUGUAUUUCCUCCCUGGAAAAAACUGCACAGUGAUCACCAACACGACUGAGCUGGAGGGUCUCAAACUCUACACUCUGCCCUACUACCUGUACUGCUGCCUGCUGGCCAUGCUGGGAGUGAUCGUGUUCGUCAGGACGUGUCUGUCCAUGAAGGCGCUGCUGCUCACCUUGGCUGUGGUGGUUUACCUGGCGCUCUUCCUCCACGUUUACGCCCCGAGGUCGCGCUGCCUCAUCGAGCUACUUUACAACGACACCAAGCCGGGAGUGCUGAAGGACCCUCAGAUCAUGUCCGGAGUUUGGCUGGUCAUCUUUUACAUCAUAUGCCUCAUACUGGCCAGACAGGACGAGCUGAGCUGCCGCGUGGACUUCCUGCUGGAGCGUUGCUUCCACACGGAGCGAGAGGAGAUGGAGACGAUGGAGAACGUCAACAAGCUCCUCCUGCAGAACGUGCUGCCGCUGCACGUCGCCGCCUGCUUCAUGGGCAAAACCAUCCGCAACCAGGACCUGUACAGCCAGUCAUGUGACAGCGUGUGCGUGAUGUUCGCCUCGGUGCCUCAGUUUAAAGAGUUUUACAGCGAGAGCAGCGCCAACAACGACGGCCUGGAGUGUUUGCGCUUCCUCAACGAGAUCAUAUCAGACUUCGAUGAGAUCCUCUCCAAACCCAAGUUCUGCUCGGUGGAGAAGAUUAAGACCAUCGGCAGCACGUACAUGGCAGCCGCGGGGCUCACGCACUCGCCUGUGGAGGACGAGACAAAGAAAGUCGAGAUGUCCUACAGUCACGUGCGCUCCAUGGUGGACUUCGCCAUCACUCUCAUGGGCAGACUGGAGUUAAUCAACACACACUCCUUCAACAGCUUCAAACUCAGGAUAGGAAUAAAUCACGGUCCGGUGAUAGCAGGCGUGAUCGGAGCUAACAAACCUCAGUAUGACAUCUGGGGGAACUCCGUGAACGUGGCGAGCAGGAUGGACAGCACGGGAGUGUUGGACAAGAUACAGGUGACGGAGGAGACUGCCCAGAUGGUCGAGAGCGUCGGAUUCAGCGUCACUCUCAGAGGAGUCGUCAACGUCAAGGGCAAAGGAGAGCUCACCACCUACUUCGUUAACACCGACCAAUCGUCUCCUCAGUUCUGACUUUUAAAAUUUAAAACAAUGGGUCGGUUACUUGAACUGAAACACGAGUUGCUCCCGAUCGAGGAUCAAGCACAUGCACUGACUUUAACGCUCACACAUAGAUGUAUCAUUUCCAUCUCUGGAGGAGCUGCUGCCUAAAAAAAACCUGACCGGUUAAAUGAAGACUGGAAGCAGAGAGCUUUCCACUCAUGCACCAUGUUGCUUAGUGUGUCUGUACUGUAUCUGGGGUAUCAUGUGAAACUGCACGGCACACUUUUCACCGUAUUAUUCUGCGAACACAUUAGCAUGUUUGACAUGAUUAAUUUAUUGUUGUUUUAUGAAGCAAAGGAGUAAAAUAACUUCUUUUUUUUGUGGUUUAUUUGAAGACAUUUACUUUUUUUUAAUGCUAUGCUACAAAACAUUAAGCAUUUAGCCCCCGUUUGUCAAAGUACUGUAUGUUGAUCUGUCUUUAAAUUUGUGUAUUUGAAACGAAAAUCUGAAGGGGUGUGAGACGAUUCGUACUCGACUACACUCCCCGUUAGUCCUGUGGACACCUGUAGUACAAACACUAACCCCCAAAAUCCACCGGGCGAGGUUUUGGGGUAACCAAAUGCUAAAUGCUCACUACUUUCCCAUGUUGACUACCACUGGCGCACCCAGGCGCAAUGACGUGUUGUUGUUGUGACAUGAAAGUGAAGUUAAUGCACAUUAUUUUGACAUUGCACUAUGUUUUUUAAAGGGAUUAUAGGUCUGUGAGAGAUGAAGUGAAGUAUGAAUGUUUAAAAAAAUAAAAGCAUAUGUAUGUUUUUUCUAUUCUAUUUAUAAACUAAUUAAAAUAAAGUGUGUGUGUGUAUGUAACAGCUUCCUACUUGCACUAGUUAUGUGUCGAUGGUGAACGAGCCGGUUUGAAGAGACGGCUACUGUCCGUUAAGUGCCGUAAAUACAA